GCUCUACUCCCCACCCCCUGACUCUGAGUGGUCCUGGUUGUCAUGGAGCCCCUCCUGCUAGUGGGCGGCUAAGCUGUCAGUCAUUGCACGGGUGCUGUCCUGUCCCUUCCUUAUCGAGGAUUAAAUAGUUUGAAAUUCUAACUGACUGGCCGGGUGAAUGAUUUAGAGUGGACAAUAAUUAUUGUCCCUGCUGCCGGUGGAGUGAGGGGCUUGACUGUCCUAAUUUUGGGCACGAAGAAGUAUUAAAUGUAUAGUGUAUCUGGGCGCUGGCGCCCCGUGUAUUAUGUACAAUCAGGGAAUAGUGUGUGCUAUUGCUGAAGGCAUGAAAAGUUAGAGAUAACAGGUUGAUAAAGCGACUAGUUGCAGUUGAGGAAUUUGAUGUUUCUGUUGUUGCUUCACCAUGCAUUUAAACGUACAAGAGGCUUACAGUGUCUGAAAGGGAGAAAAAGAAUAAAAGGACCCGGAAUAAACACCAUUGAGCGUGCUGCAGUAACUGUGAUUCCUGGCUCGGUAAUGGAACCUUGAAACUUGGAAAGGGGAAGUAGCAGUAGAAGCAGCUCCUAACAUGCCCAAGAUCUGGCGAUAAGGUUUGGGAACGUAGCUUUUAGCAUGAGGAACCACCGGCGACAGAAGUAGACCUCCGUCCUGGGGACCAACAAAAGGCCUCUCGGGGAAUUAACGUUCAAAUGCAUUGCUGCUGAUAACAAAAGCGGGGAAUCUAUAGUUUGUUUUGCACAGUGGACAUGGCAACAGAGAAGGCGAAGUCUGAGCCGAGGAAUGAAGGUAGCACAGUAGAUCCCAGUGGUGCUGCUGCUGCGGAAGGUGCUCAUUCAUCAACCUCAGCUGCUGCAGACCAAGAGGAAGUCCAGUACAAACUGGAAGACUUUGAUACUGUGGCUACCGUGGGAACUGGUACAUUUGGCAGAGUGCUUCUCGUAAAGGAGAAGACAACAAAAAGAUAUUUUGCCUUCAAAGUUAUGAGCAUUCCUGAUGUUAUUCGACUAAAGCAGGAGCAGCAUGUCCACAAUGAGAAAGCAGUCUUAAAGGAAGUCAGUUACCCAUUUCUAGUCAAAUUAUUUUGGACGCACCACGAUGAACGCUUUUUAUAUAUGUUAAUGGAUUAUGUACCUGGAGGAGAACUUUUUAGUUACUUGAGAAAUAUGGGACGUUUUAAUAAUGGCACAGGACUUUUUUACUCUGCUGAGAUUGUUUGUGCAAUAGAAUAUCUACACUCCAAAGAAAUAGUUUACAGAGAUUUAAAGCCAGAAAACAUACUGCUUGACAGAGCAGGGCAUAUCAAGCUUACGGACUUCGGCUUUGCUAAAAAAUUAGUGGAUAGUGCCAUGGGAAUCCAGCAGAUCUGUCAGUCAAAUGGUAGACAUCAGGAAGAUCAGAGUGGAGUAUCAAGUGACACAAAAUUAACAUGGACACUGUGUGGCACACCUGAGUAUCUUGCACCAGAAGUUAUACAAAGUAAGGGUCAUGGCAGAGCAGUGGAUUGGUGGGCUCUUGGAGUUUUGAUAUUUGAGAUGCUUUCAGGAUUUCCACCAUUUUUUGAUGACAAUCCAUUUGGCAUUUAUCAGAAGAUUCUUGCUUGCAAAAUAGACUUUCCUAGACAUCUGGAUCUUUAUGUUAAAGACCUCAUAAAGAAGUUGCUUGUCAUUGAUAGAACAAGACGCCUAGGAAAUUUAAAGAAUGGUGCUGAGGAUGUCAGGAAGCAUCGCUGGUUCCGAUCUGUAGACUGGGAAGCAGUGCCCCUUAGAAAAUUAAAGCCACCAAUACUGCCAAAGGUGACUCAUGAAGGUGAUACUUCUAAUUUUGAAGCGUAUCCUGAAGAUGACUGGAAAAAAGCCACACCUGUAUCUUCUAAAGACUUAGAAAUUUUCAAGAACUUUUGACCAUGAGAGUCAGUAAAUGCCACUGAAAGAUCAUGACAAAGUGGACACACUGAAUGCCAGUAAGUCAAGAUGGUCCCCAAGCAGAAGUCAUUUCUGACAUGGGCAUUGAAAGGUCCCUACACUGACAAAACAGACCCUCUACAAGAGCCAUGUAUUUACUGAUAUUUGAACUAUUUAAUGUACAAUUGAAUAAACAUAAAUGUACAAGUAUAUAUAUGUAGGAAGCAACUUAGCUUUUUAAUAAAUAGUGGCUUCUGUUAGAUGUUGAGAUGUGUUAAUGAAUAAUUUCUGAAAAUAGACUUAACUUAAUAUAUUUAUACUUGGUCUUUGUAAUAAAAGUGCACACCAGUGCAACUGUACAUAAGGAAGUUAAUGAAACCUAUCUGCACAGCUAUGUAAAUUGCUGUAGAGUGUAUGAUUUUUUUUUGUAUUUUAUUUUGUCUUAAAAUCAAGCAGUUUGCUAAUUUUAUGGAAAUAAUGUAGUAAAAUUAUGUAUAAUUGCAUCAUUGAUUUAUAAAUGAAUAUGUUUUAUACUGCUUUUUCAGAAUUCUGUUAAUAUUUUUAUAUGCAGAGUUGAUUUUAUUACUUUAUUCAGGCUGCAAACUGUUAAGCUACAUAAACAUACCUUGUAUAAUAUAAGAAUAUGCCUCAGUUUUAGCAUCUGCAUUACAGUGCUUCUGUAUAUUUGUAUCUUCUGCUUCUGUUUUGUUUCAAGAAAAUCUGAGCAAAUAUUUGGAAGUGCCUGCUCUGAAAGCAAGAUUUUUACUAAUACAAAAUCAAAAAUGAAAACUGCAGAGGAAUUUCAUAUAUUACAUAAUGUCAGCAGAAAGAAAGAAAUAUUUCCUAGCCUUUAACUCAUUAUCCCUAUAAAUAGUGAAUUAAACGGUUCCCUCAAGUUGUUCAUAUGUGAGUAGUCACUGUGAAGGAAAUGUACUCAAAAUGGUAAAUGUAAAAAUUCCAAGUAUCGGACACGGCCACAAUCAGUUAAGUAAUCAAUUAAAAUAAUCACAAAGAAACUAAUAA